GCGGUGAGCGCACCGAACGCCCCCCCGGCGCAGAGAGCACUUGCGCUCCACGCGAAUGCCCGCGGGUCCGGUGAUGCCAUGCCGCGAAGUCACGCCGGCGACGACGGCGGCGGCGGAGCGGGUCUCUGGCUGAAGACCCCGACGGGCCGCCGGCCGGAGGACCGCGCGCCGAAGGAUGUGGAGUCCGGGCACCGGGCGAUGAGCAGCGCGGCGCGGGCCGGGGACGGCCUCCCGUCCCCCGGUGCCGCGGGAGCGGAGAGGAAGCAGGGCGCCCGCCUCAGCCUGCUCGGGAAGCCGCUGAUCUACAGCGCGCAGAGCGGCCGCAGGAACGCGAGCUACCGGCGGCUCCAGAACUACCUGUACAACGUGCUGGAGAGACCGCGCGAGUGGGCGUUCAUCUACCACGCCUUCGUCUUCAUCCUGGUGUUUGGAUGUUUGGUUCUCUCCGUGUUUUCAACCAUUCCCGCUCACCAGGAAUUCUCUGCACACUGCCUGCUCAUCCUGGAGUUUGUGAUGAUCGUGGUGUUCGGUCUGGAGUACAUCAUCCGCAUAUGGAGCGCCGGCUGCUGCUGCCGCUACCGAGGCUGGCAGGGCCGCCUCCGCUUCGCCAGGAAGCCCUUCUGUGUCAUCGACAUCAUUGUCCUCAUCGCCUCGGUUGCCGUGGUUUCGGCCGGUAGUCAGGGAAACAUCUUCGCCACCUCGGCGCUGCGUAGCCUUCGCUUCCUGCAGAUCCUGCGGAUGGUGCGCAUGGACCGCCGGGGGGGCACCUGGAAGCUGCUGGGGUCCGUGGUCUACGCGCAUAGUAAGGAGCUGGUGACGGCCUGGUACAUCGGCUUCCUGGUGCUCAUCUUCUCCUCCUUCUUGGUUUACCUGGUGGAGAAAGAGUUCAACAAGGACUUCGCCACCUACGCCGACGCCCUGUGGUGGGGCACGAUCACGCUCACGACCAUCGGCUACGGGGACAAAACCCCGCAGACGUGGACGGGACGCUUGCUGUCCGCCGGCUUCGCUCUGCUGGGAAUCUCCUUCUUUGCUCUGCCAGCGGGAAUCCUGGGCUCUGGUUUUGCCCUGAAGGUUCAGGAGCAGCAUCGACAGAAGCACUUUGAAAAGAGGAGGAACCCGGCUGCUAGCCUCAUCCAGCCCCUUAACCCCCCCGGCCCCGCCCACUGCAGCCAGAAGUUGAGCUUCAAGGAGCGUGUCCGGAUGGCGAGUCCACGCGGUCAGAGCAUGAAGAGCAGGCAGACGUCCGUCAAUGACCGCCAGCGCUCCUCCCCCAGCAACGAGGGGGCGGGCGAGCCGACGGGGGGGAGCCCGGCCAAGGUGCAGAAGAGCUGGAGCUUCAACGACCGGACCCGCUUCAGACCCUCGCUGAGGCUGAAGAGCCAGACCCGCAGCGCGGCGCCGGACGUGGACGCGGCCGUGGCGGCGGAGGACUCCUUUGACGAGAGGGGCUGCCACUGCGACGUAACGGUGGAGGACCUGUCGGCGCCGCUGAAGGCCGUCAUCAGAGCCGUGAGCCCCGACAGCCCUUACCCAAACUUGGUGGCCCCCAACUGUACCUCCAAGAGACCGCACUUCCCCGACCUGCCGCCCCCACCUCCCCCCACAGGGGGCUUCACCCUCCGGCUGCCCCCCACGGACCACACCUCCCACCUCCGAUGCGCCGCCGAGCCGGUCCCGGACGAGGAGGUGGAUCAGGGGGACCUGGGCCCCUUUUUCAGGGGGGGAUCCGGUCUGGACCCUGAGCACGAGGGGGUGGGCGGCAAGGAGGGCCCCGCCCAUAGACGGGCGCCGCUGCGGGAGAAGACCGGCCUGAAGUCCGAGGGGGUCUGGAGGAGGCACCUGAGCCUGGAGGACAACCCCCUGCUGCUGCUCUCAUCCAGCCCGGAUGAGACGCCUUCGGACUGGGGGGGCGGGAAGUCCCUCUCCGUGCGCAACCUCAGCCGGCCUUUGAGCAACCACGCCUCUGCCCCCCCCGCCGCGCUCAGCCACGCGGGCGCCGGCCGCGGCGACCUCAGCGACUGGGAGGGGACGGAACUCUUCAUCAGGAAGUGCGAGCUGGAGCCUGAGGGAGAACAUUUCAACUUCCUGUCCCAGGGACCCGACCGCGGCCCCUCGGACCUCUUACACCCUGCGGGGGAGUCUGCUCCUCCCCCCAAGGGCAACGGCGACUUCCUCCCUCAGACCCCGCACAUACAGCUGGCGUGACCACACACACCUUUGCAUACUGCAUGUACACACCACUGCUGGGGGAGACACUAACAGUACGGGACACGUGUCAACAGAAAUGUCCUCGUGUGUGUGAGUGUGUCCACCUGUCAUGCAGAUUGCAUGAGGUUUUAUACCUUAAAUUAGAAUAACAUAUAAUGAAAUUGGGCAUUUUAAAAAGAAUAGGCAACAUUACACAAAUACAAAGAAACCUUCUUUGAGAGGAAUUGCUUUGAUCUUUAUCUAAAGAUAAUUUGGAGAAAAGAUUUUUCAUAUUGAUCUUGUUUUAAUAUCAAUCAAACAAAGAACAAGACCAGACAUCCGAUUUUAGAACCAGGGACUGAUGGUGACUUUCCUUUCGACAACGUUUAUGAGUCAUAAACUCUUAUGUCAUGAGACAUAAAAACAAACCAAAGAAGCAGUUUGGAUGGAAAACCUUCAAAAUAUUAUAUGAUUGUCUCAAGUUACAGAAAUCAAGAAUGUAGUUGAAUCUCAAACAAGCCACUGGAAACUCAACACACACACACACACACACACGGGUACACACAGGUACACACACACAGGUACACGCACACAGGUACAC